ACAGCAAAAAAGUAGUUAUUGGUUGUUUGGGAAUGACAAGAAAACGGCCCUUUCUCCAUUUUUCGUCGUACAUUUUCUGCUCCGCCAUCCUUCAUCCAGAUUGAGCCACCCCAAAUCUCCAUUUUAAAAGGUUUUCAAGAAUUAAGAAGGCGAAAUUUCGGUCAAACGGUAGAAUUGUGAAAACGGAGCAAUGAGCCGCCAGCCGUCUUCCCUGGGGAGACCAACCUCAGGUAAAAGGAGACUUAAAGAGCUUAUGGUUCAACUUGAUAAUCGUGUAUGUGCAGAUUGUGGUGCUCCAGAUCCAAAAUGGGCAUCAGCAAAUAUUGGAGUCUUUUUGUGCUUGAAGUGCUGUGGUGUCCAUAGAAGCCUCGGUGCACAUGUUUCUAAGGUUUUGUCUAUUACUUUAGACGACUGGUCUGAUGAUGAAAUUGAAGCUAUGUUUGAGGUUGGUGGAAAUGCAUCUGCAAAUUCUAUUUAUGAGGCUUAUCUUCCCGAAGGGGUGUCUAAGCCAAAACCAGAUGCUUCCCACGAAGAACGUCUAAAGUUUAUCAGGUCAAAAUACGAGCAUCAAGAGUUUUUGAAGCCUAGCCUGCGUAUUCUUUCAUCUUCCGAAAAGGCUUCUUUACAAGCAAGUCUAUCCAGGAAGAAUGUGGAUAGGGUUCGAAGUUCAAGCUCAAACUGGAAUGACUUGGCGGAUAUUGUUGGGACAUUAAAGGUAAAAGUGCUGAAAGGCACGAAUUUAGCUGUGCGGGAUAUGCUAUCGAGUGAUCCGUAUAUUAUAUUGACUCUUGGACAGAAGCAAGUGAGGACAAGUGUCGUUAACAGCAACUUGAAUCCCAUCUGGAACGAGGAACUGAAGCUCGAUGUACCGGGAAACUAUAGCUCGAUAAAACUGCAAGUGUAUGAUCACGACAUGUUUUCUGCUGACGACAUAAUGGGAGAGGCGGAGAUCGACAUACAGCCGAUGAUAACUUCUGCAAUUGCGUUCGGAGAUGCUGGCAUGUUUGGGGACAUGCAAAUCGGGAAAUGGCUGAAAUCUUACGAUAAUGCCCUUAUAGAGGAUGCCACCGUGAAUAUCGUUGGCGGGAAGGUGAAGCAGGAGCUCUGGCUCAGGCUUCAGAAUGUCGAGUCUGGAGAGGUCGAGCUCGAGCUGGAGUGGGUCCCACUUCAUCAAUAUUAGUGUACUAAGUUUGUAUAUGUAUAAAUGUAUUUUUUAUUUUUAUUUUUUGUUUUGUUUUGGUCCUUCUGUUAAAAUUUUGUAAUAUGUAUGGUGUUUUUCUUCUUGGUGAACAUAAUUAAAGUUUUGCGAGUAUAUGCAGAGGAUUUUAAGAUCAAAUCUCAUUAUGUUUUUUUAAAAAUAUUUUUACAUUCUGUUUGGACCAAUGGUGUUUAACUUCUAAUGGUGAGGUCUAUCUAUCAUACUUUAUUAAUAAAAAUG